UCUUUGUCACAAACUGUCGGCUUUCCUUCAGAAAGAUGGAGACACUGCUCCCACUCUGCAUUGUUCUCAUGUUCCUCUGCUCAGCGUCUGCUCAGACAACCACCUCUGUCAGCACCAGCCAGAAGGUUUCAGCACAAUCUACGCUGAUCACAGCGACUGAAACCAGUACCAGCAAUGGCUUAAUAUCUUCUCAACCCAGCAACCCCACAUCUGUAGCCCUCGGCUCAACAGCCACGGACAGCAGCACAGCAACGGCCAAUCUAACAACCAACUCCCCUUCUCCACAAAACAGCAGUUCCACUGGGUCUACAGUUUCAUCCGGCAUCACAGCAAAUGGAACCAACACCACACAGGGAACGAACAACUCCACUGACUCACCCCUCUCUGUUUCUCCAAGCAAUACGGUCACAAGCAUGAAUGCAACCACUCUAACUGCGACAAACACAACAAUGGAAGUGAAUGUUACCCUGGACACAAGCUCAACAGCUGUUUCAAACCUGACCACAACUCCCAACGCAACCCAAACAUCUCCCAGCAACAAUGUGACUGGACCCACAAGUGUGAGUCUGACUACUACCCCAAACACAAACCCAACGACGAUCCAAAACUCAGCCCCCACCUCAAACCCAGCAACGAGCCCGACUCCCCCGGCCGCCAGCAGCAGCGGGGGCGGGGUUCCUGGAUGGGGCAUAGCUUUGCUGGUUCUGGCUGCCGUGGUUCUGCUGCUGCUCCUCCUGCUGCUGAUCGCUCUGCUCGUGUGGUUUUGCUGCUGCAGGCACAAAAACAGCUUCAGUCCCUACACGCACCUGAACCCUGCAGACAACAUCCCGUUGUACACCACCCACAGCCGGUUCUUUAACUCCAACGGCAGCAAUCACGAAGACUUGGGGAAACCCAAGAUCCAGCGGUCGGGCUCAUACAGCAUCACCCAGUAACGAGCCUUAACAGGCCAAUCACCAGAGAGGACACAUCCCAUUAAACCUGUCUUACAUUCAACAAUUUUCUUUUUGUUUUGUUUUUUGUUUGUUUGUUUUUUCUUUUUUUUCUUUUUUUUUUACUGUGGCAUUUCAUGUAUGUAUUACAUUUAGUAAGUCCUGCUGAAUUUUUAUUUAUUGUCUCCAAAAGAACUGUGGGACUUUGUUGCUAAAAAAAACAAACUAUAGAACUGUUUGUAGGAUUUAGGAUUUGUUUUUGUUUUGUUUUUAUGUCAAGUUAAUAAAGGUAAAAAUGAUUGUUUUAAUAUUUUAUCAUUUGUACAUUUUAUCCAUCCAUUGUUUAUGUCCUUGUAGGGUUGCUGGGGGGCACUGGGUGAGAGGCAGGGUACACCCUGGAUGGGUCACCAGUCCAUCACAGGGCAACACAAACACACACAGGACAAAAAAACAUGCACACACAGCCACUCCUGAGGGCAUUUUAGAGUAGUCAGUUACCUAAGAGUUAAGUUUUGGGACUGUGGAGGGAACCAGCGCCCCCAGAGAGAACCCAUACGUACAAAAGAGAACAUGCAAACUCCAUGCAACAAGAUCCCAGGCCCAGAUUUGAACCCAGGACCUUCCUGCUGUGAGGCAACAGUGCUAUCAACUGCUAAACAGUACAGCCCACUAAUAUGUAAUUACUAUAAAAUAUGCUAAUUAUAUAUGUUAUUAUAAGUACAUUUUAUAACAAAUAUAAACAAAAACUACAUCAGAAAGUAAAGAGGGGCAGACGACACUGAGCAGAGAAGGACAACAACAGCUCUCCUAUUAUAAGGUAUCAAUCACCCCAAUAGAUGGUAAACAUAUUUAUUAUUGUAAUUUUUCCAAUGAAGAUGAC